GGUGCAGCAGGUGAAACUUCAGAGAGGUAUAACAUUAACUACUGCGCUCAGCAGCGGAUUUGGAGCCGGUGGCCACCACAUCACAACCACUUGGCCCGUUGGAGUUGUCCUAGGACAAUAACGGUACUCAAUAACUUUUUUGUAUUACUUUGCAAGCCUUGUUCUUAGACUUUGCUACAGCAGUUUAAAGGCUACUGACACAAGCCUACUGUUCCUCUCCGAAUCGCCGAUAUGGGUUUUGCGGACCUCUUGAAUGACGUUGGCGGGUUCGGACGUUUCCAAUGGAUCCAUGUUACCAUGUUGUCUAUUCCUGGUCUACUGAUGGCAAGCCAGAAUCUGUUGAAUAAUUUCACAGCUGGUAUGCCUGGACAUCACUGUACCAUACCCAAUAGGACUUCUAUUGCCAGUAAUCAAAACAUUUCUCUAUCAGAAGUGGAUGACAGACAGCUCCUUCACGCCUUUAUCCCGAUGGAUGCCAGUGGGACCAAAUUGUCCAAGUGUACGAGGUAUGUCGAGGCGCAGUGGCAUCUUCUUGAAAGCAAUGUAAGCGUCAUUGGACGUCAGGCUAACUUCACAGAGCCUGAGACAGAGCUAUGUCUGGAUGGCUGGACCUAUGACAAAACAGAAUUUCUGUCCACAGUUGUAUCAGAGGUAAGUGGAGGUGUCCAUGCGCAUUAUUAAAGUACUGUGCCAUAAAUUAAUAUGUGUCAUAAUAUAAAAUUAUAAAAGUGCGUGUGCAUCCCUUGCAAAAUACUUCAUGAUGCAUGGUUUAUGAAUAAAGUUGUAUAUUAUGAUUAUCAUUCAAUAGGUUUAAUAAUCAUACAUUUUUACAGUACCUGCGCCAUAAAUUAUAGCUGUACUAUAAAAGUACAUGUGCAUUCCCUGCAAAAUACUUCAUGAUGCAUGAUUUAUGAAUAAACUUGUAUAUUAUUAUUAUUAUUAUUAUCAUUUAAUAGGCCUAAUAAUUCACUAACAGUGGCCUUUAUGACAUUGCUGAAAGUCAAGGCAAAGAAUGGGAUAUUAAAAUCCUGCCUAUAAGAAAAGGCUUGUGAUCUUGUUUUCCAGUGGGACUUGGUCUGUACCCUUCGUCCUAUGAAACAGAUGAGCCAGACUAUUUAUAUGGGUGGGGUCCUGGCAGGGGCCAUCAUAUUUGGAGGGCUGUCAGACAGGUGAGCAGCGUCCUGUCACAGACAUGGAAUAAUACCUUAUAGCAUCAUUGUGUUCAACAUUUUCAUCACGGCAAAGGAAUUCAACAAUUCAGUCAUCAUAUUGUCCUAUAAAACAUUACGUUAUCGUUGUAGAGGUUGUACAGUGGAACUGCAUUUACCCGAUGAAGGAUUGUUGUCAAUGUGAUACAAAUGGAUGCAGGUGUACAUUAUGAAUAGGUAACCUACAGCUAAAUCAGUAGUGUAAAUAGAAGUCUGACAUUACUAAUUAAGAUGUCGUCUACUGUAUCCAUUGUCAGGAUAUCAUCGACUCUUUAACAGAAAAAAAAUAAAAAGAACGUUGCCUUGAACCCUGAUCUUGUUUGUGCUUGGACAGAGUAGAGCCCAGUUGGUUGAAAGUACAGGAUUAACAUUCUCCACCUAUCAGACUUUUAUUUUAUUUGUUUUUACACAAUUAGAACUUUUAGUAAUUUCACAGAAAUGUGUGUGUGUGUGUGCGCGUACAUGAAUGUGUGUCCAUGUAAUUUACUUCACAGUAGGGAACAUUCCCUCCUUCCCUCCUCAAUUAUUUGGUAGGGCUUGUAUUUGGUGCUUAGUUGCCACCAACAACAACAAUGCAUUGUGUUCUUGUGAUUUUUGAGCAAGUGUUGCUGUGGUUUCCCCUAUUUGUUUUCCCCUCUAGAUUUGGGCGAAAGUCCCUGUUGAUCUGGUCCUAUUUUCAGCUAGCCACGCUGGGCACCUGUACAGCCUUCUCACCCUCCUUCAUGACCUACUGUAUCUUCCGCUUCAUGACAGGCAUGGCAGUAUCUGGGGUGAUCCUCAACACAGUCUCUCUCAGUGAGUCUCCAUACAACCCCACCUAUAGCCCAUACAUCUAGAGACUUACAUUUGAGUCAUUUAGCAGACGCUCUUAUCCAGAGCAACUUACAGGAGCAAUUAGGGUUAAGUGCCUUGCUCAAGGGCACAUCGGCAGAUUUUUCACCAUUCAAACCAGCGACCUUUCGGUUACUGGCCUAACGCUCUUAACCACUUGGCUACCUGCUGCUUAGAUCCUCUACUCGUUUUUUGUGUGAUAUGUGAAAGUUGGCACACUGUCAGGUCAUUAGGUUUGCAGCAUAAGGAAAUUGUUACUGUCUUUUAAGUCUUUCAAGGGGGAAAUUGAUUACCUGUUGCCAGAGGUGGGUCCGGGAAUGAAAACCUGGGGGAAUCCGGAUCUGGGAGGGAAAUCAUUUUGACAAAAGUUGACUUUAUUUACAUGGAAUCAGGAGAUUCCAUUUACAUUGGAGAGUUCCCAUUUCCACCCCCUGCCUGUCGCAAGGCAACAGAGUGAUAACAGACUUCUGUCCACAGAGGUGGAGUGGAUUCCCACCAAGUCCCGCACUCUGGUGGGCACCCUCUCCUCCUUCUUCUUCACCUUCGGUCAGAUGGUCCUGGCAGGCAUCGCCCACAGCCUCAGGGACUGGCGCAAGCUGCAGGUGGCUGUCUGUGCCCCAUUCUUCCUCUUCUUCCUCUACAGUUGGUGAGUUUACUAUGUUACUGUACCACUGUGCUGGUACUUAUCAUGAAUGAACCAUGUUACUGUACCACCGUACUGGUACUUAUCAUUAAUUAACCAUGUUACUGUACCACCGUACUGGUACUUAUCAUUAAUUAACCAUGUUACUGUACCACCGUACUGGUACUUAUCAUUAAUUAACCAUGUUACUGUACCACCGUACUGGUACUUAUCAUUAAUUAACCAUGUUACUGUACCACCGUACUGGUACUUAUCAUUAAUUAACCAUGUUACUGUACCACUGUGCUGGUACUUAUCAUUAAUGAACCAUGUUACUGUACCACCGUACUGGUACUUAUCAUUAAUUAACCAUGUUACUGUACCACCGUACUGGUACUUAUCAUUAAUUAACCAUGUUACUGUACCACCGUACUGGUACUUAUCAUUAAUUAACCAUGUUACUGUACCACCGUACUGGUACUAAUCAGCAGUAUCCAUAUCAUGAAUGAACAAUCCAGGAUGUCUCACCUUUUGAUUGAUGGGUGAAUGGCAGUCUUUGAGGAGUUUCCAGAGACAACGUCUCUUGUGUUUUCCUAACUGGUCCUAAGGUGGUACUCUGAGUCUGCCCGCUGGCUAGUGCUAAAUCGCAGGUCUGACGAGGCCCUGAAACACAUCCACCGUGUGGCCAGGAUCAACCGCAAACCUGAGAUGGUAGAGAAGAUCACCCUGGAGGUGAGAGAGCUGGCUGGGGUACAAUGAAGGACACGGGCAUAUUGAGGGGUUCCUGGAAGGGUGAGGUGAUAUUGGAGCUCAGAGAAGUAUUAUGACCUGUGUGUGUGUGUGUCUGUCUGUCUGUGUGUGUGUGUGUGUGUGUGCGUAUGCGUGUGUGCAUGCGGCUAUGUGUGUGGCUGUGUGUGUUUGCGUGUGUGUGUUUGUGCAUGUGCAUGUGUGUGAUUACAGGUUCUGGAAUGUCACAUGCACAAAGAGGUCCAAUCGAGUAAGACCACCCACACAGCAUACGACUUGAUACGCACCACAGUGAUGAGAAGAAUAUCUCUUUGUCUUAUGGUUGUUUGGUAAGGUUCAUUUUGUCAUUCCAGUUACCUUUGUACCUAUUCUUAUCUGCUAAACCUUCAAGUGAUCCGAUUGACCUCUCACCCCACAGGUUCUCUACCAGCUUCGCCUACUACGGCCUAGCAAUGGACCUGCAGAAGUUUGGGGUGAACAUCUACCUGAUCCAGAUCAUCUUUGGGAUGGUGGACUUCCCCGCCAAGCUGGUAGCUCUGGGGAGUCUUACCUUCCUGGGUCGGAGGAUCACUCAGGGAACAUGUCUCCUCAUGUCUGCCCUGAUGAUAUUCGCCAACACCUUCGUCCCCACAGGUUAGAUGGUCACACAACUUUAUGUUGGCUACUGUGCUCACGUCUAAUUAAAUGCCAUUGGUCGUGUCUUUGAUAAUCUAAUUCAGAUCACCAAAUGUAGCUAUAAGAACAGUUGUUGACAAGGAUUAACAAUGACAACCCCUUUGAUCCCAACACAGACAUGCAGUCUAUUAGGACUACUCUGGCUUGUCUGGGGAAGGCCUUCACCUCCUCAUCCUUCACAUGUAUUUACCUGUUUACUGGAGAGCUUUACCCCACUGUCAUCAGGUACCUCCCUCAUUAGACAACACUACCUCACUGUCAUCAGGUACCACCCUCAUUAGACAACACUACCCCACUGUCAUCAGGUACCUCCCUCAUUAGACAACACUACCCCACUGUCAUCAGGUACCUCCCUCAUUAGACAACACUACCCCACUGUCAUCAGGUACCUCCCUCAUUAGACAACACUACCCCACUGUCAUCAGGUACCACCCUCAUUAGACAACCCUACCUCACUGUCAUCAGGUACCACCCUCAUUAGACAACCCUACCUCACUGUCAUCAGGUACCACCCUCAUUAGACAACCCUUAGUAUGAGGUACAAUGUUAUUGCUGGGGUUUAUUAACACAGUAGUAUCAUACAUGUCUCCCGAGUGGCGCAGGGGUCUAAGGCACUGCAUCGCAGUGCUAGCUGUGCCACUAGAGAUCCUGGUUCGAAUCCAGGCUCUGUCGUAGCCGGCCGCGACCGGGAGACCCAUGGGGCGGCGCACAAUUGGCCCAGCGUCGUCCAGGGUAGGGGAGGGAAUGGCCGGCAGGGGAUGUAGCUCAGUUGGUAGAGCAUGGCGUUUGCAACGCCAGGGUUGUGGGUUCGAUAAAAUAAUGUAUGCGCUAACUGUAAGUCGCUCUGGAUAAGAGCGUCUGCUAAAUGACUAAAAAUGUAAAAUGUAAAUACAUCUACAGUGCCUUCAGAAAGUAUUCACACCCCUUGACUUUUUCCACAUUUUGUUGUGUUACAGCCUGAAUUUAAAACUGAUUAAAUUGAAAUGUUGUGUCACUGGCCUACACACAAUACCCCAUAAUGUCAAAGUUGAAUUAUGAAUGAAAAGCUGAAAUGUCUUGUGUCGAUAAGUAUUCAACCCCUUUGUUAUGGCAAGCCUAAAUACGUUCUGGAGUAAAAAUGUGCUUAACAAGGCACAUAAUAAGUUGCAUGAACUCAAUCUGUGUGCAAUAAUAGUGUUUAACAUGAUUUUUGAAUGACUACCUCAUCUCUGUACCCUGCACAUACAAUUAUCUGUAAGGUCCCUCAGUCGAGCAGUGAAUUUCAAACACAGAUUCAACAACAAAGACCAGGGAGGUUUUCCAAUGCCUUGCAAAGAAGGGCACCUAUUAUUAGAUGGGUAAAAAUAAGAAAAGCAGACAUUGAAUAUCCCUUUGAGAAUGGUGAAGUUAUUAAAUACACUUUGGAUGGUGUAUCAAUACACCCAGUCACUACAAAGAUACAGGCAUCCUUCCUAACUCAGUUGCCGGAGAGGAAGGAAACCGCUCAGGGAUUUCACCAUGAGGCCAAUGGUGACUUUAAAACAGUUACAGAGUUUAAUGGCUGUGAUAGGAGAAAACUGAAGAUGGAUCAACAACAUUGUAGUUACUCCACAAUGCUAACCUAAUUGACAGAGUGAAAAGAAGGAAGCCUGAACAUAAUAAAAAAUAUUCCAAAACAUGCAUUCUGUUUGCAACAAGGCACUAAAGUACAGGCAAAAUCCCAGAGGAAAACCUGGUUCAGUCUGCUUUCCACUAGACACUAGGAGAUUAAUUCACCUUUCAGCAGGACAAUAACCUAAAACACAAGGCCAAAUCUACACUGGAGUUGCUUACCAAGAAGACAGUGAAUGUUCCUGAGUGGCUGAGUAACAAUUUUGACAUAAAUAGCCUUGAAUAUCUAUGGCAAGACCUGAAAAUGGUUGUCCAGCAAUGAUCAACAACAAAUUUGACAGCGCUUGAAGAAUUUCAAAAAGAACAAAUGGGCAAAUAUUGCACAAUCCAGGUGUGCAAAGCUCUUAGAGACGUACCCAGAAAGACUCAUAGCUGUAGUCGCUGCCAAAGGUGAUUCUAACAUGUAUUGACUCAGGGGUGUGAAUACUUAGGUAAAUGAGAUAUUUCUGUUUUUAAUUUGCAAUUUCUAAAAACAUGUUUUCACUUUGUCAUUAUUGGGUAUUGUGUGUAGAUGGGGGAGAACAUAAUAUAUUUAAUCAAUUUUAAAUUCAGGCAGUAACACAACAAAAUGUGGUAUAAGUCAAGAGGUAUGAAUACUUUCUGAAGGCACUAUAUCUGGAACAGUGUAUGAAUAAAAACACAAAGUAUGAAACUAUUAAAGUAUGAAUACAUUUCCCAUUUUAAUCUCCUCUCCUUCCUCCUCCUCCUCUCCCCCCUCCUCUCCCUACUUCUCUUCCUCCUCCUCCUCCUCCUCCUCCCCCUCUCUACUUCUCCUCCUCCUCCUCCUCCUCCUCCUCCUCCUCCUCCCUCUGCAGACAGACAGGAAUGGGCUUUACCUCCACCAUGGCCAGGGUGGGCUCCAUGGCAGCGCCCGCUGUGCUGAUCCUGGAAGAGGUGCUGCCCGCUCUCCCCAGUAUGAUCUAUGGAGGUGCUGCUGUGGUGGCUGGCAUCAUCGCCUUUUUCCUCCCUGAAACCCUCGACAUCCCUCUUCCUGACACCAUCGAGGAUGUGGAGGAGAAAUGGUAAGGUUGUGAGGCUGUGACCCUGCAUAUAAUUGACCUCUGUCUCAGACAUGUUUUGGAAUAUGAUGGAAAUGUGUGUUUUCCAGGGCUAGUAAGAAGCCGGAUGCAGAGAAACUAGCUGAAAAGGAGACAGUGGCCCUUCGGGAGAUGAAGGAGGGAGCAGUUGAGGGGGAUGGGGAAAUCACGGGACUCAAAGCUCUGUGAGAAACAAACUGAUGAGAAUAAUGUAGAAGAGGAGGUAUGACUUUACUUUGUCGGCAAACGCUAGCAAACUGUUAUAUGUUGGGUAGCAAUUUAAAGACAGAUGCAUGCAACUGUUUAGAGAACUAGAUUAUUCAACUGAAACCAAAAUGGGAACAGAUUAGAACAGAAUAGUUGAUUGUAUGCAGGAGAUACUGGUGUUUCUUUGCUACGCCAUCUUUGUUCUGUUUGUCUUUGUCUGAUUGAUGUAUGGUUUCUUUGGCACAAGGUUGAAAUGAUCAACAGUGAUCCUGUUGACAACUGCUGCCAAUCUCAUAACAUUUUACACUUGGAAAAACCUUAACUUGUAUAUUCCUGUAUGUGAUUUUUUGUUGUUGUUGUUACCUACAUUUUUUAUUCAAAAUGUAGAUAGAUAAUAAAUUAGGCACUUUAGGACAUUUUAUGACUUCAAUAUGCAGUUUAUGGUGCUUGUUUUGAUGACAUUUGCUGCAUUGUGGAACUAUUUUCGAUUGGUCAUUAUAGAACGAGAUUUAGAUCUUGAAAAUGUGUUGUCAGCCUAGGGGCAUUAUUGUAGCUUAAUCCAAAAUAAACAGUAGG